AUGUAUUAUGACAAUGCUGGUAAAUGCAGAUGCUGCAAUCGUCAUCGAAUGAAAAGAGAAGUAGCUGAGAACGAUGCCCAGAUUGUUCCUUUCUGUGAUGGAGUUUUCACGAAGACGACGGCGUCUUUUGUGAUUACUGAUGAUUUGCAGAUAAUGCCUAAUUCUGGGCUCUUGCAAAUUGUCAGUGCUCUUGGCGUUACUGACAUGGAUGAGGUCGAGACGAUCAACAUUACCUUUGGAUUAUUUGAGGUCGUGGAGUUGCUCGAGGCAUCCUUGAUUUCCACGAAUCCAUUGUCCGUCGUCAUACUCGACGAAGAAGUACUAGAAAUGAGCUCUACAGAAGGGAAACAUGAAGAUCAGAGUCCAUCAACAGCUGCAAACGCAUUGAUUUCAAACUCCAAAACGAUGAAUGUAAAACUUGUGGUACAAAAGUCCACAAACAAGUUGCUGUAUGCUGAAGCUGAGGAAGAUUUCGUAGAGUUUCUAUUCAGUUUCCUCGUAAUCCCACUAGGAGGCGUCGUGUCCCUUUUGUCGCGUAACUCAAACCUUAAACCUAUAGACAGCUUGUAUAAGAGCGCAGAUGUUCUUAUCCAUGACAAGUAUUUCAAGAAUCCUGCUGAUGCAAAAAAUAGGCUAAUCAAGCCCAGCAUACCUCAUGGUUAUCUCUCCGAAAACCACAUUCUUCCCCUCAAUGAAGAAAGGUUUCUUGCUGAUCUCGCCUGCAAUUAUUACAGUUUGUUUCCUUCUAGUAAGUUUCCCAAAGGGCAAGGGAGUUAUCUUGAAGGAACGCGAACUUAUAAGGUUGCAGAUGAUUUAACCGUGACACCUUUUAGCAUUGCCUCCAUUCUUUACAGUCUCAAAGAGCAGAAAAUCCCAGUAUCUUAUCUCAGAGAAGUCGAGGUUCAAAUCGGUUUGAAUGAGGCUUUGAGCAUACUGAAAGCAUCUCUUACAUCCACCACUGCUCUCUCCGACGCUCUGCUCAGUCAAGUAGUGAAGGAACCAUCAAAGAGAGAAGUUUGA